CCUGGUAACAGAGUCAGAAAACUUCCCAGCUACAAGCCCAUUAAGACCUCACACUACUUGAUAUUCUGUACUGUGGUGAUCACAGCAGCCAAGGCUAGCUAAAAGAAGACAGUCCUCUCACAUCUGGAGCCAGCUUUUUAGCUUUCUCUUGACAUAUUAAAACUUCAGACUUCCUGCCUUCUUAGUGCCAUGGAGAAAGUUCAAUACCUCACUCGCUCGGCUAUAAGAAGAGCCUCAACCAUUGAAAUGCCUCAACAAGCACGUCAAAAUCUCCAGAACCUAUUUAUCAAUUUCUGUCUCAUCUUGAUAUGUCUCCUGCUGAUCUGCAUCAUCGUCAUGCUGCUCUGAAGUUCUGCUGCGACCUCCAGACCCGUCAUUUCCCACAUCAGCUUAAAGUCUACCAUCCCAUGAAGAGAGGAGAACACCACCACGUAACAGGCCACGUCCUGAACACAAGAAUUUCCUGGUGAAAAGGUCGAGAUUGAGAGUAAAACAAAUUCUUGGCAAAUGUAUUCAUUUGCUGGAUCCUCUAACCAUGAAAGGGCUUUGUUUUCCAAAAUUAACUUUAAAAUGACUAUAAUUCAAGUGUGUACAAUGUAACUGCUGACUUCUUCAACAUGGCUUAUAAAUUUCUAUCCCAAAUCUUUUCUGAGGAUAAAAUAAGAGCUUAAUUUUGAAACAGCACUGCUAGCAAGUUCACUUCAUAUGUAAAGCAUUAGCUUCACUCUUCGGGGUAAAUAUAAUUUAUAUUGCACUGUAAAAGCUUCUUUGAUACUAAGUAUUUUUCAGGUCUCCAUUGAGUACCAAAAUCAUUCAAAUGAAGUGUCAUUAUUUAAAAUAGCCACUGAUUCCUCAUGUUUGUUAUCUUUAUUAUUAUAUUAUUACAAAAAAGCCUUUGUAGUAACUCCUUAUCAAAAUCCACAUGCUAAAACAAAUUGUACUUUUUUUUAUGCUAUUUCUAUUAACAUUUAAAAAACCUCUGAGAAUCAAGUGGGUAAAAGUAGGGCCUUAUUCUUACCUAAAUAAAAUUCCCCUCAAUUAAUUUUCUCUAGGAAAUACAGAACUCAAGUACAUGGAAAUAAACCAUAAGUCUGAUCUCUUGAGAACAUUAUAAUCAAAAGAUGAGGACUGGUGGGCAAUUUAAUAAAUUACAGUGUGACUGGCCAUCAUUACUAACAGAAUAUAGUCUCAUUAGUUUUCGACACUGUAGCAGAUUAUCUGAGCUGCAGUACCUGAUUUGCUAUACUGUAUCUUCAUAAUCAAGAAAUUUUAAGACUUCACAAUGAAUUUACAGGUUGUCCUCUACCUAGCCUCAUGCUCAAUGUGGACAAAGAAAACAUGACAGAAAAACAAAUUAUAUGAAGCAUUAAAAAAUUAAAAAUCUGAAUUCUUUCUCCACAUAGUAACUAAUUCUUGGAUUACAUUUUGAAACAAACUUUGGUCCCACCUAGUAUUUACAAUAGGAUAUGUCUAUUUCCCUUAAUUUAUCAAACAGAGGGUAAACACUGUAAGUGUUUCCUGGGCUAAAUGACAAAGCUAGAAGUGCUAAUCUGUAAUUACUGAGCUAAAUAAUAAAUCCAACGAUCUUAAUAAUUAUUUUCCUGCUGAAUAUAUCAAUAUUCUCUCUGAUCAUCUUACAGCAUCUUCCAAACAAUUCAUAAAAUAACUGAAUAAAAAUCUGGUGUUGGAAAAUAAUUCACCAAAAUUUCAUCAUUUAAGUUCACUCCAAAGUUUAAAAUCAAGUCAAAGGCAGGCAUGUGGAGCAGUAAUUAAAACACUCCUUGGUAUGCUCACAUCCUGUAACAGGGUGCCUAGGUUCAUGUCAGGCCUCCACUUCUGAUUCUAGCUUCCUGCCAAUGCAAACCCUGGGAGGAGGCAGAUGGUGGCUCAGUUCUUGGCUCCCUGCCAUCCCCUGGGAGACCCAGAUUGAAUUCCAGGCUUCUGGUUUCAUCCUGGUCCAGUCCUGGCUACUGCAUUUGGUGAGUUAAAUAGCAGACAGAAGGAAGCUCUUUCUCUAUCUUUGUCUCUCUCUUCCUCCCCCCACCCCCAAUAAAAUUAAAUUUUUUUUUUUUUUGACAGGCAGAGUGGGCAGUGAGACAGAGAGACAGAGAGAAAGGUCUUCCUUUUUCCGUUGGUUCACCCUCCAAUGGCCGCCGCGGUAGGCGCACUGCAGCCGGCGCACCGCGCUGAUCCGAUGACAGGAGCCAGGUGCUUCUCCUGGUCUCCCAUGGGGUGCAGGGCCCAAGCACUUGGGCCAUCCUCCACUGCACUCCCUGGCCACAGCAGAGAGCUGGCCUGGAAGAGGGGCAACCGGGACAGGAUCGGUGCCCCAACCGGGACUAGAACCCAGUGUGCCGGCGCCGCAAGGCGGAGGAUUAGCCUUGUGAGCCGCGGCGCCGGCCUCCUACAAUUUUAACUUUAGGUCAAGACAUACUACUAAUAUAGCAGUUAUUAAAAGAGAAUGUAUAAUUAAUCAUAUUUGAUAAAAUGUGGUUACUACAAGAAUUUGAAAUAUCAACACUGAUCUUGGAUUCUACCUAAUACAAGUUCUGGUAACUGAAUAAUAAAGGAGAAACUGCUUUUAAAUUCUCUGAAUCCCUGAUGAUGGAAAGGAGCAUAGUUUUGGUUCACAGAUAUCUAAGCAACAAAGAGAAAAGGUGGUCUCACACUAACAGGAUUUCUUCAAUGUAGCCUCAUCUAAAGGUUGGAGAUCCUUAAUAACAACUAGAAAGCUUGUAAAUACAGGUGAUAAACUUAACCUGACUGGUCUCAGUAACUACCUAUUCAGAAAGUAUUUAAAUUCGAUAAUUAGCUGUUCUGUUCUUAAAAGCAAGUGGAAAAUCUGAACUGAUAAUUAUUACAUUGUUCAUUACAACAUAAAUUUCAAACUAAUAAAUGAAAACUUGGGCUUUUCCUCAGCAAAACAGAAAUAAAAAUCGUCUUCAUUCUUCAUUCUAUCUUUGAUAGAAAUUAAAACGUGAUACUAUGAGUAUUCAGAAUAUUUUCAGAUUAUAAUGUUAAAAAAAAAAACCCUCAUUCUCUAAAUGGAACUACUCUGCUUAUCAUGAUGUGUAAAGAGUAAGAUACAAAAAAACAGUGUAUUAAAAUUGUUUUUAAUUCUAAAUGCUAGAAAAUGAAUUCUAAUCUUGAUUUACUGAAUAGUUAUAAAGAACUAAGUUUUAAAUGUUGAAUUGUGACCCAUUAUAUUUUAAUUGAUUAAAAAUGUGUAUUUGUCUAAUGCAAAUAAUCUGAAUUAUUUACAUUAAAAGUAAUGUUCUUGGUGCGGGCAUUUAGUCUAGCAGUUAAGAUGUUGGUUAAGACACCAGCAUCCCAUAUCCAAGUACCUGGGUUGAUACACGGGCUCUGGCUCCUCACUCCAGCUUCCAACUAAUACAGAUCCUGAGAGGUAGCAAUGAUGGCAUAAGUAAUUUGGUUCCAGUUACUCUUGUGGAAGACCUGGAUUCAGUUCCCAGCACCCAGCUUCAGCCUGGUCCAGUCCUGGCCAUUUGCGGGCAUUCAGGGAGUGAACCAACAGAUGGGAAAGUUCACUCUCUUUUUCUCUGCCUCUUAAAUAAAUAAAUAAAAUUUUUAAAAAACUA